UCAUUGGUUCCUCCACGCUCUUUCCGGUUAGUGAUUGGCAUGGAGACGGCGAGAGGCUGACUGCUGGAGAGGUAGCAGACAUGCAAAGACAUACAGAACAUCUAGACAUUGGUAAAAUCCUGCAGGUGGCUGAGUCGUUGGAGAAUAUUCUUCAUGGCUGCUUUGGUCCUGAAGGAGGACAGGUUUUGUUUAUUAAAUCCACUGGCAAUCUUCUCAUUACCAAAGAUGGAAGACGAAUUCUGGAGUGCCUUUUAUUGGAUCACCCUGUUGCAAGAAUGAUCGUGAACUCUGCCUCCAGGCAUUACAGUAUUACUGGUGAUGGUGUGAAAUCCUUUGUUCUACUCCUAUGUGCCGUCCUCCGAGAGCUUCAGGCAGCAGCUGAUAAAAAUGAAGGUCUGCUUUUAUCUGGGAAGGCAACAGUGAAGAACCAAUAUCAAAAGCAAGGUCAUGCUUUAAGAAGAUUAAGCAAUAUGCUGUUGACCUUCCAAAGUACAGUUCUGGAUCACAUUACAGCAGAGCACCUGAGUUCACACUUUCUUUCAGUUUUCUCAAACACAGAAGGAAAUAUAAGUUUGUGUAGAGCAUCUCUACAGCAGACAUUAGAUACAUAUUUCUCUGGAAGAAUUGGGUGUAACAUCCAGGAGUUCAUUAGUAGACUUGCCUGUGAAUACCUCUAUAGUUGUUUUCUGCACGUUGCUGACCUUUCCGGUGUGAUCAGUUUAGUGAGCCAAUAUUUCUAUGAGCUACUUACAGAAGUUCCAGGACUUCCAGUAGAUAAUUCCAGGAUAUUACCCGGCGUAAUACUCCACCGGACGUUUUCUGUGUACUGCCCAGCAGAGGGGGAAGUCAGAGCGCUUAUUGUGACGGAGCAGAUCCAUCAGUGUCUGACUGAAAGAGACAUAGGUUUUCUAGUCUCCUCAGAUGUUCAGCUACAGCAGUCCCAGCUAUUCCUAAGACAGAGAACUGAACAUUUUCUGAAACAAUUGCAAAAGAAAGAAAUUAAGAUAAUAUUUUCAAGUGUUAAACAACAUGAGAUUGUACUUUACUAUGCAAAACUAAGUGGAAUAUCUAUAGUAGAUUGCUUACCAUCAGAGGAGAUUGAUCUUCUUUGCAUGAUCACCAGAGGAAUCCCGAUGUCUGGACCUUUCAGUAAUGUUCUUUUGUCUGAAACUUUUCUGGCAUCAAGUUGCAAACCCAUUGUCAUGGGUAGCAAAAAGUAUGUGCAUCUUGUUUUACAGAGUUCUCUUGCCUUCCAGCCGCACAGCCUUGUGUUAUGUGGCCCUGUGAAAGGUUUGACGGAGCAACUUGUUUCCUCCUUCCAUGGUGCUUUUAAAAUGCUAACGCAGUUAUUCCACCCGUUUAAUGGAGGUCCGGAACAGCCAACAAAUUAUGUAGACAGUUCUUUACCAAACACAGCUGAAGAACAAAGCGUAACUCGUAACGGCUGCCAGGGUGACUGUGAGUGCCAUCUAGAAAAUAAAGCCCAUGCCGUCCCUAUGCACCUCACACACUCAGAGGAAAAGGACUCAGCAUGUGCUUCUGGGGAGUGCUUAGCAAGCUAUAGUCCAUCUUCUAGAUGUGGGUACACCGGCAGUAUGUCUUUCAAUGAGGAUGGAAGAAAACAGCAUCAAGAACCAUUCAUAAUGCAUGAAAACUCUAGUAAUAUAGCCAAGUUUGCAAAUGUUGGUCUAGUAUUUCCAGGAGCUGGAACUUUCGAACUUUUGCUGAAAGAUUAUCUUCACAAAUUUGCCAAGACAUGUCAAAAUGCAGAACUGGCGUCUUUAUGUACAUUGAUUGGAAAUUCUCUUUUAUGUAUUCCCAGACAAAUCUACAAAGCAAAGACAGGACGGAUCCCCUUCUCACUGUACAGUGAACUCAAAAACACAAAACCCCUACAUGCCCUUAACGUAGUAGAGACGGGUCUUGAACCUGUUUCCUGUAAGUACCAAUUGCUAGCUUCUGUGCUCCAGUGCAUUAGUCAGCUUGUGACUAUAAACUUGAUUGUUGGUGUUAAAAAAAAACAAAGCACUGAGAGCGAAGAAACUGAUCAAGACAUGGUGACGAACGAUCUGUGAUCCUCAUGAACAACCCCAGUUUUUUGGACAACUAUAGUUAUGAGAUACCUGCUACCUGAAUCGCUUUUAAACUGACGUAACUCAUAAAGGGAAUAAUUUAUGGGAAAUUUGUAAAGAUUUUCUAUGUAU